UCUCUCUCUCUCUCUCUCUCUUUUAAUGGCGGAUAGUGGUUCAACGCCGGCCAAGAGAAUGUGUUCGGUGCCUGAAAAGGCCAAGCUGCAUAUGGCCAUGUUGGCCUUGCAGUUUGGUUAUGCCGGCUUUCAUGUGGUGUCUAGAGCAGCCCUUAAUAUGGGUAUCAGCAAGAUCGUUUUCCCUGUUUACAGAAACAUCAUAGCUUUGGCUCUGCUCAUUCCCUUCGCUUAUUUCUUAGAGAAAAGGCCACCGAUGACAGCUUCUUUUCUUAUUCAGUUCUUUUGCCUUGCUCUUGUUGGAAUAACAGCAAAUCAAGCGUUCUACUUGUUGGGGUUAGAAAACACUUCACCCACCUUUGCCUCUGCUAUACAGAACUCUGUUCCGGCAAUUACCUUUCUCAUGGCUGCCUUACUCAGGUUAGAGCACGUGAGGUUGAAUAGAAGAGACGGGAUAGCAAAGGUGGUGGGAACAUUAUCAUGUGUAGCAGGAGCUAUGGUUAUAACACUCUACAAGGGCCCAACAAUUUUUGAUCCGAAACCUCCACCGCACUUACACAACACGAAACUAUUUCAAUCAUUGGGAGAUGCUAAGGGGAAGAAUUGGACCUUGGGUUGCAUCUACCUUAUCGGUCACUGCCUCUCUUGGUCUGGUUGGCUUGUCUUGCAAGCUCCUGUGCUAAAGAAGUAUCCAGCAAGGCUCUCUGUCACCUCUUACCAAUGCUUCUUUGGAGUUUUACAGUUCCUAGCCAUCGCUGCAUUCUUAGAGAGGGACUCCCAAGCUUGGCUUGUUCAUUCCGGAGCCGAACUCUUCAGUGUUUUCUAUGCCGGAGUGGUGGCAUCAGGAAUUGCAUUCGCUGUUCAGAUAUGGUGUAUUGACAGGGGUGGUCCCGUGUUUGUGGCAGUGUAUCAGCCAGUGCAGACCUUAGUUGUCGCUAUCAUGGCUUCCAUUACAUUGGGCGAGGAGUUCUACUUGGGCGGGAUCAUAGGCGCGGUGUUGAUCAUCAUCGGAUUGUAUCUGGUUCUAUGGGGGAAGAGCGAAGAGAGAAAGUUUGCUAAAGAGACGGUGGCGAACGCGAUUGCAUCAUCCCCUAAUGCUGAACAUCCUCAUGGGAUCAUCAACAAUAGGGCAACAAGCCAUGUCAAGUCCUCCACCCUUGCCCAGCCACUUCUUUCUUCUUCUACUACUGAUCAAAACGUUUGAUUUCAAAGACCCUAAAAUUUGAAAAAGUUAAUAGUGUUUGGAUCUCUCUAAAUACUAAGUAUGGUUUUUAUUUUCAAGUGAUGUUAUACUUCUUAGAAAGUGAGGAGAAAGCUUUGUGUGCAUUUAUAUCUAGUUAUGGAGUUGUUCUACUUUUUUUAAAGAUUUGAUUGAUCAAUUGGGUUCAGUUGUUGUUCUUUA